CUGCUGUGCAGAAGAUAAUUAACCUUCUCCCUCCCCAGGCCCAGCGGAAGCAGCUCUGGGUGGCUCUGAUUGAAAAAGCUCUGGCCAAGCUGCACGGCUCCUACUUUGCUCUGCAGGCAGGUCGUGCUAUCGAGGGUCUGUCCACACUCACCGGGGCUCCCUGCGAGUCUCUGGCUCUGCAGGUCAGCACCACCAACCCCAAGGAGGAGCCCAUCGACACGGAUCUUAUCUGGGCCAAAAUGCUGAGCUCCAAAGAGGCAGGUUUCCUGAUGGGGGCAUCCUGUGGGGGUGGUAACAUGAAGGUGGAUGACUUGGAGUACGAGUCCCUGGGUUUACGUCCAAGACACGCUUACUCUGUGCUAGACGUGAGGGAUGUAGACGCUCAGAGGUUAGUGCAGCUGAGGAACCCGUGGGGCCGCUUCUCCUGGACGGGAUCCUGGGCCGAUGACUGGCCCAGCUGGCCUCCCAACCUGAAGAGGCAGCUUUGUGCCCAGAGAGCUGUGGACGGCCUCUUCUGGAUGGACUUCUGGGAUUUCAUCAG